CACAUCAACCCGAAGUCUCUCUCUCACCAUUGCGCUUGUCGACGAUUCUCGAAAAUCCCAGAAAUACCCUUCCGUUCUCUCCAAAAUUUCGCUUUCCCCCCGGCACCCGUAACCUCUGCUCUCUCCCCAAUCUCGCUCGCUCUCUCAGCAAACCCUAUCUCCCUCUGUCGAGCCUUCGUCGUCUCCGCGAUGCUCAAGUUUUCGCAGGCCACUGCGAACCAGAUUCGGUUCCUCCUGCAAAGCCUCAAUGACGCCAACUCGGACACUGUUCACCGAGAGCUUACUCAGUUUAUUGAAUAUGGAGUUGAGGGAAGCGUUUUGCUGCUCCAAACCUGCCUGGAUCAUUUGAAUCAUUACAGAACAGAUACAAAGAAUGUGGCACUGGAACGGGUUCUUGCCUCAAUUUUCAAAUAUCUCAUCGACCAACCAAAUUUCAGUACUAUGUUUUGUGAAUCACUAAGAAAUACAGAGGUCAAUGAAGGAAUUGUGGAGAAUUUCUCGAGUGUAUUGCAACUGUCUGUACCUGAGAAAAUUGGCAUUGGUCUUGCUUUGUCAGAUUCAGAAAACCUAGACACCAGAAUAUGUGGCAAAAACUUCUGUAUGGCUCAGAUUGAGAAAUUGUGUGAAACUCCUGUUGACAGGAUCUCUUCUGAGAAAAUUCAGAAUAUUGUUAUGUUCCUUCAGCGGUCUGAGGGUCUUUCCAAGCAUGUAGAUUCGUUUAUGCAGAUAUUAUCUUUACUGCAGCUGAAAGAUGAUGAAAACUCUUUUGUUUUAAGUCCAUUGCUUUCAGAUGAGCUUCGUGAUGCCAAUUUUUUGAGGAACAUGGACUUGUUCCGUGAAAGUGGAGAAAAUGAUUUUGACGCUAUUUUAGCAGAAAUGGAGAAGGAGAUGAAUAUGGGAGAUAUUAUGAAGGAAUUAGGUUAUGGAUGCACAGUUGAUUCAUCUCAGUGCAAAGAGAUUUUAUCCCUUUUCUUACCCCUCAAUGAGAUUACUAUCUCCAAAAUACUUGGCACGAUUGCCUGCACCCAUGCUGGUCUUGAGGAUAAUCAGAAUACAUUUUCUACCUUCCGGUUGGCGCUUGGUUAUAGUACUUCAUCUGAUUUGCCUAUGCUAAACACCUGGAACAUUGAUGUCCUUGUGGAUAUGAUCAAUCAACUUGCUCCAGACACCAAUUGGAUAAGUGUUAUUGAAAAUUUGGAUCAUGAGGGGUUCUACAUUCCUAAUCAGGAGGCAUUCUCUUUUUUCAUGUCUGUAUAUCAGCAUGUGUGUCAGGAGCCAUUCCCCCUACAUGCCAUCUGUGGGUCUGUUUGGAAGAAUACUGAGGGUCAGCUAUCUUUUCUCAAACAUGCUGUUUCAUCACCACCUGAAGUAUUUAAUUUUGCUCACUCUGUUAGGCAGCUGCCCUAUAUGGAUACGGUGAAUGGCCACAAGCUACAACUUGGACAUGCAAAUCAUGCAUGGUUGUGUCUAGACCUUUUGGAUGUACUUUGUCACCUAGCAGAGAGGGGUCAUGCUCUUUCUGUUCGAUCGAUACUUGAGUAUCCUCUUCAACACUGUCCUGAAGUCCUGCUUCUUGGGAUGGCACACAUUAAUACUCCAUACAACCUGCUGCAAUAUGAAGUGUCUUUCAUUGUUUUCCCCAUGAUAGUAAAAAAUGUCAUGGGUAAUGGCAUGAUUGUUGACCUCUGGCAUACUAACCCCUCUUUGGUGCUGCGGGGAUUUGUGGAUGCCUACAAUAGCGAUCCAGACAGCAUGACUAGAAUAUUGGAUAUCUGUCAAGAGCUUAAGAUUUUGUCGUCCGUCAUGGAGAUGAUUCCUUCUCCCUUUAGUAUCAGACUGGCGGCCCUUGCUUUCAGAAAAGAGCUUGUAGAACUCGAGAAGUGGUUGAGUAGUAAUUUGAAUACAUAUAAAGAUACUUUCUUUGAGGAGUGCCUCAAGUUCCUGAAGGAGAUUCAAGCUGGAGGGACCCAAGAUUUCUCAACCAGACCUUUCCAACAUGCUGGUGCUGUCUCAACUCUCUAUGGGGACACUACUGCUACAUUCUCGAAGGUUCUUAAAGCUCAUGUCGCCCAGAUUACUUCUAGCCACCUUACUGAGGAGAUGGAAAAACUCUCUCUAUCAAUUAUGGAUUCUAAUCCAAGGCUGCAGAAUGGUGGGCCUACAGAGUCAUCAACAGAUGGAUAUGCAGAUGACAUUGAAGCUGAAGCCAACUCUUACUUCCAUCAAAUGUUUUCUGGUCAGUUGACUAUUGAAUCAAUGGUCCAAAUGCUUGCCCGUUUCAAAGAAUCUUCUGUUCAAAGGGAACAAUCCAUUUUUGAGUGCAUGAUUGCUAAUCUGUUUGAAGAGUACAGAUUCUUUCCGAAAUAUCCUGAAAGACAGCUCAAAAUUGCUGCAAUUUUAUUUGGGUCUGUCAUCAAGCAGCAGCUUGUAACUCAUCUGACUCUAGGGAUUGCUCUGCGUGGUGUUUUAGAUGCAUUGCGCAAACCUGCGGAUUCAAAAAUGUUUGUGUUUGGAACAAAGGCUCUGGAGCAGUUUGUGGAGCGUCUGAUUGAAUGGCCACAGUACUGCAAUCACAUUCUUCAGAUAUCCCAUUUGCGCAAUACUCAUUCAGAGCUGGUGGUAUUCAUUGAACAGGCUCUUGCCAGGAUUUCAUCUGGUCAUUCAGAUUCAGAUGGAAGUAACCAUGCUUCUGCCGUUCAUCAUCACGGUCCCAGUCAAGUUACCUCAGGAAAUGUGGAGUUAAAUGGAUCAAGCAUCUUACAAACUGGGCAGACACUAUCUGCUCCGCUCCAGCUCCAUCAGAGACAUGAAAGCUCUUUUGAUGACCGUCACAAGUCCUCAACUCCAUCUAAUGAGGUAAAGCCACUUGUAUCUUCUGUGACGCAACCGGCAGUUGUUCCUGUUAGUGACGCUCCGAGUAUUCAGAAGUUACAAAAUGCAGUUAGUGCUCCAUCAAUGUUGUCUUCUGCUUCCCCUGGUUUUGUUCGUCCGUCACGAGGAGCUACCUCUACUAGGUUUGGCUCUGCUUUGAGCAUUGAAACAUUGGUUGCAGCAGCUGAGAAAAGGGAUGCUCCCGUUGAGGCUCCAGCAGAGAUUCAGGACAAAGUAUUAUUUAUAGUUAAUAAUAUAUCACUUGCUAAUAUUGAGGUUAAGUCGAAGGAGUUUUCUGAGAUACUGAAAGAGCAAUACUAUCCCUGGUUUGCGCAGUAUAUGGUUAUGAAAAGGGCAAGCAUUGAGCCCAAUUUUCAUGACUUGUACCUGAAAUUUCUGGACAAACUUAAUUCGAAGGCUUUGAAUAAAGAGAUUGUUCAAGCCACGUAUGAGAACUGCAAGGUUCUUCUAGGGUCUGAGCUUAUAAAAUCAAGCUCAGAGGAGCGUUCAUUGCUAAAAAAUUUAGGUAGCUGGCUUGGGAAGCUUACUAUUGGAAGGAAUCAAGUCUUAAGGGCUCGUGAAAUUGAUCCCAAAUCUUUGAUCAUAGAGGCAUAUGAGAAAGGGUUGAUGAUUGCUGUCAUACCUUUUACUUCAAAGAUUUUGGAACCAUGUCAGAAUAGCCUCGCAUAUCAACCACCGAAUCCCUGGACAAUGGGUAUUCUUGGAUUACUUGCUGAGAUCUAUUCCAUGCCAAACUUGAAGAUGAACCUCAAGUUUGAUAUAGAGGUUCUAUUCAAGAAUCUAGGAGUGGAUUUGAAGGAGAUAACACCAACUUCUCUUCUCAAGGAUCGCAACAGAGAACUUGAAGGGAAUCCAGAUUUCUCCAACAAAGAUGUUGGAGCAUCUCAACCACAGAUUGCUGAAGUUAAAUCUGGAAUUAUUUCUCCACUAAACCAAGUUGAGCUACCACUUGACGUUGCUCCAUCUAAUUCUGGGAGCCACACACAUCUGUUAUCUCAGUAUGCUACCUUGAUGGAGGAUGACAAGCUUGCUUUGGGGUUAUCUGAUCAGAUCACUUCUGCUCAAGGACUGUUACAAGCUACUCCAUCACAGUCCCCAUUUUCUGUUAGUCAGCAUCCCACAGCAAUACCUAACAUUGGAACCCACGUAAUUAUCAACCAGAAGCUCAGUGCCUUGGGGGGGCUGCACGUGCAUUUCCAAAGAGUGGUUCCAAUUGCUAUGGAUAGAGCUAUCAAAGAAAUUGUCUCUGGUAUUGUUCAGCGCAGUGUUUCUAUAGCUACCCAGACAACUAAGGAGCUUGUUUUAAAGGACUAUGCCAUGGAAUCAGAUGACACAAGAAUUUUUACUGCAGCGCACUUGAUGGUCGCCAGUUUGGCAGGAAGUCUAGCUCAUGUCACAUGCAAGGAACCCUUGCGCAGUUCAAUAUUAAGUCAGCUAAGAAAUUCUCUUCAGGGAUUAAACAUUGCAAGUGAUCUUCUAGAACAAGCUGUUCAACUUGUAACCAAUGAUAAUCUGGAUCUUGGCUGUGCAGUCAUUGAGCAGGCUGCUACAGAUAAGGCGGUAGCAACAAUUGACGGGGAAAUAGGUCCGCAGCUUUCAGUAAGAAGAAAGAGAGAAGGUGUUGGUGCAACCUAUUUUGAUGCAAACAUGUAUCCACAAGGUUCUAUGGGUGUUGUGCCAGAAGCUCUCCGCCCUAAACCUGGUCAUUUGUCCCUUUCUCAGCAACGAGUUUAUGAGGAUUUUGUUCGGCUUCCCUGGCAAAACCAAUCUAUUCAAAGUUCGCACGUUCUGCCAGUUGCUACCACAGCUUCAUCUGGUAGUACUGGUCUCACUAGCACAUAUGGUUCAGCAUCCGGACAACUUAACACGGGCUACUCACCAGGACCUGGAAGCAAAUUUGAAGCUGUUUCUCGUCCAUUAGAUGAAGCGAUGGAAUCCAAUUCUGCCCUCCAUCUUAGUAUUAUGUGUAACAGUGCUCCAUCUAUUCAUGUUGGGAUGGCUGAUGGUGUUUCCCAGCAUAGUUCUGAAAAUGAUUCUGUUGUUGCCUCAUUUCCUUCUGCUGCUUCUGCCCCUGAGCUGCACUCUGUAGAGUCAUCUGAUGCUGUAAAGGAAUCUGGAGUGUCCUCACAGCCACCACCUUCACCUGCUGUAACUGAACGUCUUGGAAGUCUCUCAGAACCUUCCCUCACCACAGGGGCUGCAUUGGAAAAAUACCAGAUUGUUGCACAGAAGUUGGAAGCUCUGGUGACUAACGAUGCUAGAGAAUCAGAAAUCCAGGGAGUCAUUGGUGAAGUACCUGAUAUUAUACUCAGGUGUGUUAGUCGAGAUGAGGCUGCCUUGGCUGUGGCUCAAAAGGUUUUCAAGGGUUUGUACGAGAAUGCAACAAACCAGAUUCAUGUUGGCGCACAUCUAGCAAUGCUGACUGCGAUUCGUGAUGUUUGCAAGCUUGUCUUUACGCAGCUCACUAGUUGGGUGAUUUAUUCUGAUGAGGAGCGGAAGUUUAAUAAAGAAAUUACUGUUGGCCUUAUACGCAGUGAACUGCUAAACCUUGCAGAGUACAAUGUUCACAUGGCAAAACUUAUUGAUGGUGGCAGGAAUAAGCCAGCAACAGAGUUCGCCACUUCCUUGCUCCAAACUUUGGUUAUUGAAGAAUCUAAAGUUAUCUCAGAACUUCAGAGUCUUGUUGAUGCAAUGGGAAAGGCUGCUGCGAAGCCUGGAUCUCCCGAGUCACUGCAGCAGGUGGUUGAAAUUGUCAAGAAUCCUGCUGCUAAUGGAGCUGCUCCAUCUGGUGUUAAUGUUGGGAAGGAUGACAAGGCCAGACAAUCGAGAGAGAAAAAGGCUUCUGUUCACUCCCCAGUAAGCAGGGAAGAGUUCAGUAUUGUGGAGUCUGCGGAACCAGAUCCUCCUGGUUUUCGCGAGCAGGUGUCUAUGCUGUUUGCUGAGUGGUACCGGAUUUGUGAACUUCCUGGUGCAAACGAAAAUAGUUGUGCCCAUUUAAUCAUACAGUUGCACUCAAGUGGCAUGCUGAAUGGGGAUGAUCUUACGGACCGAUUUUUCCGGCUACUCACAGAGCUUACUGUUGCACAUUGUCUAUCUUCUGAGGUGAUUAAUUCAGGCACACUGCAAACUCCUCAACAAGUGCAGAAUCUAUCCUUCCUUGCCAUUGAUAUUUAUGCUAAACUUGUAUUUUUAAUUCUCAAGAUGGAGCCGGGAUCAAGUAAACUAAUGCUCUUGUCCAAGAUUUUGGCAGUUACAGUGAGAUUUAUUCAAAAGGAUGCAGAGGAGAAGAAAUCAUCUUUCAAUGCAAGACCGUAUUUUAGAUUGUUUGUUAACUGGCUGCUAGACCUUGGGUCUUUGGAUCCUGUUAUUGAUGGUGCUAACUUUCAGAUAUUGACAGCCUUCGCAAAUGCAUUUCAUGCGUUGCAACCCCUCAAAGUUCCUACAUUCAGCUUUGCAUGGCUCGAGUUGGUGAGUCAUAGGAGUUUCAUGCCUAAAAUGCUAGCUGGAAAUGGUCAGAAGGGUUGGCCCUAUAUCCAACGUUUGCUGGUUGACUUAUUUCAAUUCAUGGAGCCUUUUUUGAGGAAUGCUGAACUAGGAGUUCCGGUUCACUUCCUGUAUAAAGGCACCCUUAGAGUGUUACUUGUGCUGCUCCAUGAUUUCCCUGAGUUCCUUUGUGAUUAUCACUUCACUUUCUGUGAUGUUAUUCCCCCGAGUUGCAUUCAAAUGCGAAAUAUCAUCCUCAGUGCAUUUCCCCGUAACAUGAGGCUUCCUGACCCAUCUACUCCAAACUUAAAGAUUGAUUUGCUUGCUGAAAUCACUCAAUCUCCACGUGUUCUUUCUGAGGUUGAUGCAGCUCUGAAAUUAAAGCAGAUGAAGACCGAUGUGGAUGAGUAUCUCAAGACAAGGCAACAAGGUUCUUCAUUUUUGACCGAAUUGAAGCAAAAAUUGCUCCUUUUACCAACCGAAGCUGCCUCAGCUGGUACUCGUUACAAUGUACCCCUCAUCAACUCCCUUGUACUCUAUGUGGGGAUGCAGGCUAUCCAGCAGCUUCAGGCUAGAACACCUCACGCACAGGCAAAUCAAACUGUUCCAUUUGUAUAUUUGGUGGGUGCUGCUUUGGAUAUCUUCCAGACUCUGAUAGUGGACCUAGAUACUGAAGGACGCUACCUUUUCCUAAAUGCAAUUGCAAACCAACUGCGCUAUCCGAACACCCAUACACAUUACUUCUCCUUCAUUGUUCUUUACUUGUUCGCGGAGUCAAACCAGCAGGAAAUUAUCCAGGAGCAAAUCACAAGGGUAUUGUUGGAACGUCUCAUUGUUAAUCGCCCUCACCCAUGGGGUCUACUGAUAACAUUCAUUGAGCUAAUCAAGAAUCCGAGGUACAACUUCUGGAACCGGGCUUUCAUAAGGUGUGCACCAGAGAUUGAAAAACUCUUUGAAUCUGUAUCCAGGUCUUGUGGCGCAAAGCCUGUGGAUGAGAGUAUGGUUUCAGGUUGGGUACCUGAGACUGCUCACUGAUCCUCUGUGAAUCCUACGGCAAUUGUUUUGGUAUUGGUAUGCAUUUCCAAAUGCAGCAGCAAUGUACAUUUUUAUCUGGCUAGAACCCAGCUGUUGUAUUUAUUGUUGUAUAUUUGACUUGUAGAUGUUCCAUAAUCAACUAUAACUAAAUGUAAUGAAAAUUAUUCAGUCCUAUAUUGUACAUAUUUUCUUGGA